GGCCGCGGGGCCUCACCAGUCAGAAGUGAGCAGUAAUCAAAGCAGACACACAGGUCGAACUUUAUUAUCAGCCACUCGAUACCAGACACAGGAAGAGGCGCAAGUCCUCCAAAAUACAGAGCAGGGGCCAGAGCGAGGUGCCAAAUCAAAAAACCAGGCACCAGAUGCAUCGCGGCUUCCUCUGGACCCGUAGGAUCGGCUUGAAGAUUUCCCGUGGAUGAUACGUUUUGAAACUUUUGUGCUGGCUGCAGGACCGAAGCCAAUGACCUGACAAAAGAAGUUGGAAAUCUCUCAGCCUUUCUGCAUAUCCUGUGUCUGCACACCGUCUUUCAUCCGUCCAGCUGAGAUCAAAACUCAGACAACAAGAGACUUUAAGGACUCGGUGGCUUUAAGACCCCACUGGUCCGUAGAGGUCCCAUCAUGGGGAAGACUGGACAGAGCACGGUGGACUUAAACUCCCCAACAGAGGUCAAACAAGCAGUUCCCUUUGAGGAGCUGAAUGCGCUGGCGCCCCCUGCAGACGGAGAGGAGAAAAAGGAGGAGCCGCCCGACAGGGGAAGCUGGAAGGGCAAGUUCGAUUUCCUGCUGUCGUGUGUGGGAUAUGCCAUCGGUUUAGGAAACGUCUGGAGGUUUCCGUAUUUGUGUGGAAAGAAUGGUGGAGGAGCCUUCCUGAUCCCAUACUUUUUGACCCUGGUGUUUGCUGGGAUACCCCUGUUCUUCCUGGAGACGUCUCUGGGACAGUUCACCUCAGUGGGAGGACUGGGCGUGUGGAAACUCAUCCCCAUGAUGAAAGGUGUUGGUCUGGCUGCAGUGGUCCUGUCCUUCUGGCUCAACAUCUACUACAUCAUCAUCAUUGCCUGGGCUCUUUACUACUUGUUCAACUCCUUUGCUUCGGAGCUGCCUUGGCAAAGCUGUGAUAACCCCUGGAACACAGAGAAAUGUUUUUCCAACUACAGUCUGACAGACACCACCAACCUCACCAGCGCUGUCACCGAGUUCUGGGAGCGUAACAUGCACCAGAUGUCAGGUGGUCUGGAGGAGCCGGGAGAGGUGCGCUGGCCCUUGGUGGGCACUCUGGCGCUGGCGUGGGUCCUCGUCUACUUCUCAAUCUGGAAAGGAGUGGAGUGGACGGGGAAGGUGGUGUAUUUCUCAGCCACCUAUCCCUACUUCAUGCUGUUCAUCCUGUUCUUCCGAGGAGUCACACUUCCCGGGGCCAUCGACGGAAUCCUCUUCUACAUCACCCCAGACUUCAAUAAGCUCAUCCGAUCUGAGGUGUGGCUAGACGCUGCAACUCAGAUCUUCUUCUCCUACGGAUUAGGCCUGGGCUCGCUCAUCGCGCUGGGAAGCUACAACACGUACCACAAUGACGUCUACAAGGAUUCCAUCAUUGUGUGCUGCAUCAACUCCUGCACUAGCAUGUUUGCAGGAUUUGUCAUCUUCUCCAUCGUAGGGUUCAUGUCCUACAUCACUAAGAAACCUGUACAGGAACUGGCUGCAUCAGGUCCAGGUUUGGCGUUUUUGGCUUAUCCUCAGGCUGUCACCCAGCUUCCCAUGUCCUCUCUAUGGGCCAUCCUCUUCUUCUCCAUGCUCAUGAUGCUGGGCCUGGACAGUCAGUUCUGCACAGUAGAAGGCUUCAUCACAGCCCUCAUGGAUGAAUAUCCCAUGGUGCUGAGGAAGAGGAAGAAGAUCUUCAUCCUCAUCGUCUGCUUGAUCUCCUUCAUCAUCGGCUUCUCCAACAUCACACAGGGCGGCCUGUACGUGUUCAAGCUGUUUGAUUACUACUCCGCCAGCGGGAUGUGUCUUCUCUACCUCGUCUUCUUUGAAACCGUUUCCAUAGCCUGGUUUUAUGGAGCUGAAAGAUUUUAUAAGAACAUCGAGGACAUGAUUGGCUAUCGGCCAUGUGCCUGGUGGAAGUAUUGUUGGAUGUUCUUCACACCUCUGAUUUGCCUGGGGGUAUUUACCUUCAGUGCCAUUGAGAUGACCCCUCUGACGUUGGGGAAGUACGUAUAUCCAAUGUGGGGCCAAGUGAUCGGCUGGUUCAUGGCUUUGUCGUCUAUGAUACUGAUCCCAGGCUAUGUCAUCUACAUGUUCUGCACCACAAAGGGCAGCAUCAAACAGCGCUGGCGGAUGAUGACAACUUCCCAGGAGGAUGAGAAACCAUCAGGGCAUGAGGAAUUCACUCACACAGGGAGCGUGGGCGAAGCUCCCGUCUAGCCAGGAUGGUCCAGGUUGAUGCGAUAUGACUGCCGGGACUUAAUGUUGUCGACACUGAAGCCUGACAACUGGACAGUCUGCUCUCUACAGUAUUUUAUUAUGAUUGUUUUCCUUUAAAUUGUGCUGAAAAAUCUGGCUGAUGAGGAAAGAACGCAAAGAGGUUCUUCUGAUAAAUUUAGAGCGUUUAGAAUAACUGCUUUUACUGUGAAAACUGACCGCGAAUUAAAUGCUAUAGCUCAACAAUGAACCUUUGUACAAAAUCCAAAUGCUACGCAUGACUGUAAAUCCUCCCCCCAUCCUUGUAAAUCUUGAACCACAAACGCAAUGAAUGUCUUUGUACAGCGAAAUUAAAGACUCUGGUUAAACUUGACCUGAAAUCUUUAAAAGCAUCAAUAAUUAUUUGCUCAUCUUGCAGCUUAAAAGAACAAGCAAACCGCUUUGAUAUAGUUGUCCACAAAGUAAGUGUCACUUUUACCAUUAAACACUAAUUCUCUGAUGGAAUCCACACGUGCUUUUUACCGUACUCUGUCAUUUUAACACAGCUUUGAUGUGCUAUAUGUGUUUUUAGUUUGAACUUAUGUAUAUUGAGGAGUGUUCAUGGCACUUUGUUUAAGAUAUUAGAAAACUGUAUAUAAUAUAAUCGUUUCAUUAUAUUACGUAUGUAUAUUUUUAAGAAAAAUAAGAAGUUUUUUUUUCAUACCAUGGGAUGAUAAAACAAAACUUUAAGACUACAAAGCAACUGUGAAAAACAUACAAAUGCACCUUUUGUGAGGUUCACAUAUGUCAAUAAAAACAUCCACAAAACAAAGUAAAUGGAACUUUGUGACUCCAUUUUUAGCGACUUACAUCAGCUAUAGUGUGAAAAAUUUUAAAAUGACUUCAACAAAGAUUAACUGGUACUGACUCUGUAAUUUUUUUCCUUCUUGUUGGAUUUUUUUUAUCCUUAUACUGCAGACUUUUAAUUGCUUUACACAUAAGGGCAUACACUAGAGCAGCUUAUGUAGCAUAUUAGCCACGAAGAAAUUACUCUUCUAAUGAGAAAGAUGGCUAACGUCGGCCUCUCGGGGGCAGCAGAAACGAGAUUUAAACCCAACACUGACAGACGCUCUGGAAGUUUCGUUCACCUCCCGGGAAUGGGAUCAUCCCUGUGUUCCCCCCUUUGUAUGAGACCGGGGAUCAUAGGACCCUUUUUUUUUUAAAUUAAAUUUUUAAACUGAAUUAUCUGGCUGCUCCUUAUGUUUCCAUGCAUACCUUUAUUCCACUGAUAUUCCAAAUAUGCCAGUGUUAUCAGUAUGAUAUCAGUCAUGUAAAUGUUAUAUAUUCCAUUUGUACGGAAGAGUAUUAGGGCCACCUGUGAGG